AUGGCCUUAGCUGACCUUAGCUGGCUAUAUGCGCCACUAGAUUUUGCGCAGCGAUUGGGCACGUUGUUACCUCUGUAUCCUUCUCCAUAUUCUGGUCGUUCCCUCGACGUGGCCCUUAGCGACAGGGUCCUCUGGAAACCAUGGCGUUCUACGGCGCUGCCGCCCAGCCAUAUGAAGAGGUACUUUUUUGGCCAGUCUCGAGGCAGCACCGAACCGUCAUCGCCUGAUGCUCUGAAGGCUUUUUACCAGGAUAUGGAGAGAAAGGAAGUGGAGCGCAGGACGUCGAAGCGCAAUACCAGAUCCGGCACUUCCAUUUGGUCCCGCAAGUCGGUUAAGCGAUCAACACAACCCUCUUCCCAACCACGACAACCGCAGCCCUCUCAUCCUUCCGUCACCGAAAAAGAAACUUCCCGCAGGAAUGAAGACGAAAGGGAGAUGGAAAACCUAGAGCAAAGGGAGCAACCUGACAACCUAACAUCACUUGCUAGUACUCGUUCUAUCGUCCCAGAUCCCCUAAAGGACCUCCCUGCCUGGUACUUGAAGGACGACCUGGCCUCUAAUUCUGUUGCUCUGUACAAGAUGCGCUUCAAUAUCCACAAUCCAGUCGGACCACGACGCUACUACAACCACCAUCUCAUCCCGCCGUCUCAAAAGUCGGCUUCGCGCCCACCGUCCAUUUUCUCGCCCUCAUUUCCGCCCAUGGCUACCUCUUCCGUGCCAGAGCAGUCUGAAGAAUCUAUGCGUAUGCCUGGCCCCAGCCGCACGCCCUCAAAUUCGCCCCUUCCGACACCUAGUUCGUCACAGGUUCGCGUUGGCGACAUCGGUAGCAAGCCUAGGUCGCGAAAAACAUCCCAGACGGCGCACGACACCGUUGAUCUGCUUGACGUUACAGACCCGUGGGGGACCAAUUGGCACCAUGAGUCGCCAUAUGAUGUGGGCCUCAAUAAUGGUUCCUCUGUUGAGGCACAGGAGGGCCGCGCCCGACACACAAGCCUGACAAACCGGGAUAACCGGCGGCGCACUGUGACGCCAUCGCCGCUUUCUCAAUCAACAUCCGCAGUGCAUCUUCAGCCACCAGACGCUGGUGGGGCUAAGUUACCUCGCAAGCUCAGCAAGCGCAGGACACCCACCUUUGGCGGUUUUUUCGGACAUUCAGAUUCUAAGAAUGACCGUAAUGCAAUAUCCCUGCCGUCAACGCCACUCGACGAGCCGCCAUCUGCUCGCUCGUCUAUAGUUUAUCCACCUCCUACUCCGAAGCGGAUAUCUACCGUUCCCGCAGUACCUCCUUCGGCCUUCAAGCCAGCUUCUUUGACGUCAAAGAAGGAUCGACGUGGGAGUACGUUGGGUCGUCUAGUUAAGAGAUUUUCCAUUCUGAAAAGACCGGCAACGGCGAAUGUCUCGGAUACCAGUUGGCAUCAUGUUAAGGCAGAAGAGAAGAUUGAGAAGCGGUCAUCGAUGGUGGUAGCGCGUCAGCCUUCGCCAGAGAAAGUCACCAAACGAGUGCCUCCUCCUUCCGCAGAAUCAGUAACUCCUUCUCCCUCGGUAGAUGUUCCAAAGGAGCAACCAAGAGAAGAUCGCGAGUCCUUAGAUUCCGUAGACCCGCCUUACUCGACAAUGGGUAAACUAACCGUGGCUAACCCUGAUACACCGAGUUCUGGUAGCACCACACCCCAUCAACGGACUAUUCCCCUACCGCCAGAAAGGCGUGACCCUUCUUACUCUGACCCUCCUUCACAGCUGGCGCAGGUGCCUACUGCACAGGCUACUUUAUCCCUUUUGCAUGGUUCUUCGUCCCUCACCAUACCAGGCUCUUCGUUGUCUCCGGUUCAGGGUUCAUCAUCCCCGGUACCGGCGUCGUCGAUGCAAGUGUUUUCAGAAAGUAUGCAACCAGAGGUACGGUCGUUUGACAAGCCAUCUGAGAAGCUUCAAACACCCACUCCUAUAUCCGUAGCUUCAAGCAGCCGCGCCAGACGGUCGUCUGCUGAUGUAAAACGUCCUUUUACUAGUACCCCGGAGGUGUCGGUCCCGGCUGCACUCAUGAGCCAUGGUAAGAGACGAUUGGAUGACACAAAGCCUAAAGCCAAUGGCUUUCCCGCAACUCAGCCAACAGCCUCUGGAGCGCCUAGUGCAGACACCAGGAAGAUGUCACGGUCACCAGAAAAGAGCAAUGUAACUUCGGUUUUACCCAAGUCUACAUCUGCACCACCAGUUCCAUUCCCUGCAUCGGAUCCCACACACGAACAUGCAUAUCUAUCUGCAAUGAUUUCUACUUAUCCCCAUGAUUUCGAUAAUUCUCCCAUGUCCGCGUCAUCUAUUUUAGUCAAUCCUCCGACACCACAUAUCAAUUCUCAUUUACAGAUGGCUUCUCCUGCUCCAAGUAGCGUCGCCCCCCCAUUGCCCCCGAAACCCUCUGCGGAAGCCAAACAUCGAGAAUCAUCGCCCAGUGUCAACUCCGUGACUAGCAAGCAGACAGAAACAUUUAAACUCGUCCGUAGCACAUCCGGAAAGGUCUAUGCUUCUAGCGAAACGAUUCGGGCGGCCGGCCAGCAAUGGGAGGUGGUGGAGGACGUGAAAGGGAAAGGGAAGGAGACUUACCGGUCUAAGUCUAAGUCGCGGGAUCGCGAGAAUAGCAAGGAGAAGGACAAGUCUGAUUCCGACCGAGAACAUCGGAAGCAUGGCCAGAAAUCGAGUCGACGUUCUGCUGACGUACCCCGAGCCUCCACCUCCAGCGCUUUGCCUAGGGCCAGCAGUUUGGACCGAAAUCGUCGUGCCCCUAUUCCUGACUUUAAGAAGGAGAAGGAGGCCGAGCCUCACAAGCGAAGAGAGAGUCGAGGACGGAAGUCAUCGGAAACCGCUCUGAACGUCAAUAAACCUCAACCUGCCCCUCCCCCACCAACUCCAGGUGCUGCUGUCCCUCGUAAACUGGAGCGUAACCAAUCAAAUUCAGCACGACCUACUUCUGAAGUACCUCCUACUGCGGACCUGAACGCUAUGAAGGGCAAAGAGGCAUGGGAGAUGGAGCGCCUUUUCAAGGCACGAAGCAUGUACGGCCUCGAGCGUGAGGCCUCAUCUUCCGCCCCCGUUCCUGCCCCUACCCCGAAUGGGAACGACGCAAGUGCCAGAAGUGCUCAUGGAUCAAGUCACACUUCGUAUACCGUGCAGAAUGCCUUCCAGAACCACCAACCCCCCCAUUCGCACAUAUACCAUUCCAUGCCUACUAGUAGUCCCGCCAUUGUGUACUCGUCGGGGUCACAAACACAAUCUCUCCCCCAGAAUCUUCAUCACGUUAAUACGCCACCUUCAUUCAAACACAGUCCCUAUAAUGAUUUCUUACCGCCAUCACGACCUAAUCCUCUUCCAGAGCCUCCGCGAGAAUCGCCUUACCAGCCAGUUCCUUUAGACGCACUUCUGGACUCUACGGUCGCCUCUGAAUAUUGGACUAAAUUUGCUGGGGUGACCACCGCGCACUGA